AUGGGACUGUUCAUAUCGAUUUAUAGUUUGGUCGAAAGUCUUUCUAUGCUGGGAAUAUCAGUUUUUUAUAUGAUCACACUGUCAGACUUGGAAUGUGAUUACAUCAACUCAAAAACUUGCUGUGGCAGACUGAACAAGGUUGUCAUACCUGAAAUAUUGUUGUCCGCAAGUGUGGCACUGUUGCACCUCAUUGAUAUGCAAGUUAUCUUGUUUCUCUACUUCAUGCUCAUGCCAGCUUGGACCAUUUACAAGUAUGCCACAGUGCCUUCAGGUAAUCUCGGAGUUUUUGAUCCAAUUGAGAUACACAACAGACAACAAUUAAGUUUAUUCAUCAAAGAAACCAUGGUCAAAAUUGGAUAUCAUCUUGUCGCAUUUUUCUUAUCUUUAUAUUGGUUAUUUGUUUUAAUAAAUUCGUCUUUUAUGUAUAUAUUUAUAUUGAUGAAAAUCACAGCAUGUUCCGCAUUAGUUAGCUCCAUAUUUACUUUUCGAUUUUUCGGAAACUACGAAUAUACUACUCUAACCAAAAAAUUUCAUCUCUCGUGUUGA